UGGUGUGGGACUUGGGGACACCAGCAGCUCUGUCAGAGAGGAACAUUACAAUUUAUUUGAUUUGGAUUCAUUUGAUCAGCUUCUCAUCAAAGCAACAUCGAGGUUACAGUAAACGAUUCAUGACUGAAAGUUUGUUACUCACAGGACACCACCCUGACGUCACACCCAAACAGGAAGUGCUCCCUGCUUAUCAAUUUAUGGAGUAAAUAUCGACAAAUUCAUUAAUUAUAAGUGGUUAACAUGUCUCAAGAUCCCUGGUUACAGAAUUAUGAUGCCACUUGCCGCCUUGUCCAAGAAAUUGCAGAGAACAUUCAUGAAAGAAACAGACUACAGAGGACAAGAGAGAGUCCUGCAAAGAUGAACAUGACACUGCGAGCGUCGCUACAGAAGCUGAAACAGAACAUCAACCAGCUCAGAGAGAGUUUGCUCCGGGUCUCGUCCUCCCGGCGCAUAAUGCAGUCGGAAGCCGAUCGGAGACAGAACCUUGUUGACGACCUGGUCACCAGGGACAAGCAGCUAAAUGCCACGUUCAAGGGUGACGUUACACAGCCAGAACCCUCGAGGUCGACCCUGAUGGCGGGGGCGGGUGGAGAAGGAGGGGCCGCGGCCAACCCCUGGCUGGUCAACGAGCCAGAGGAGACCAGGGGCCUGGGCUUCUCCGCGAUCAAACAGCAGCAGCAGCACAUCAUCGAAGUUCAGGAUGCUGGGUUGGACGCGUUAGCCGCCGUCAUCAGCCGACAGAAGCUGAUGGGUCAGGAUAUAGGCAACGAGCUGGACGAGCAGAAUGAAAUCAUCGAUGACCUCACCCACCUGGUGGACAAGACGGAUGACCAGAUCCGCAAUGAGACACGAAGGGUUAAGCUGGUGGAGACCAAGUCGGCUUCCUGCGGCAUGCUGGUGGUGAUCGUGCUCCUGCUCAUUGCUAUAGUGGUGGUUGCUGUGUGGCCCACAUAAGGAAGAGGCUGAGGGGAGCGUUUUGGACCGUCGCACCGUCCGUCGGAUGACCACUGAGACUGCGUGGAGAGCCUACAGGGGAGACGAGGUGCAGAGGCACUUAUGCAGGUAUGUAUCAAGCGGGCUGAUUUAGGACCAUGUUUGCCUUUUAUAUCCCAAUGAAUAAAAUGACAUAGACAAGGCAGACCUGAUUCUAGACCAGCACUCCUACACUGAGACGCUUGAUACAUAGUGCCUCCAAGCCCUCUAACACACCACCCCUGUGCCCUGUUAAACACACACAUACACUAAUAAUGACAGACACACUCUUCCACCUCCCUCUGUUUCCUCUCUCCUUUCCCCUUGUAUGAAAACUGAGUGUAUUGUACUGUUCUCUACUGUACCUCAACACUUGGAGAGUUGAGCCCUGGCUUAUGAGGAACCAGCAACAGUGUUUAUUUUCUUACGUGGGUGUUGGUUGGGUAAAGGGUAGCACUGACCCCCCCCCCAUGGGGGGGGACUUUUUCUUUCCUAAUUCUGUCUGUGGGCUGAGAGGUCCUGGGUUCCAGGUCGCUAAUUCUGCUAGCUUAGCAAUUCACUCACACAUAUCUAUUAUUAUAAUAAUUAUUAUAUUUACCCACUAGCAGUUCUAAUGGUACCAUUUGUCUUGGGAUUUGAUCAUGUUUGUAAGAUAAUGCCAGCCAAAACAAAUAACACGUAUGACUGUGUCACAACAUGAUGUGAAUCAGUUUAGCUUCAUGCAACCUUGUCAUUUCUAAUAAACAUUUACAGUUAACAGCA